UUGACUUAAAAAUAAAAAUAAGUUGGAGAAAAAAGAAUAGUAGGUUAGGGGCGUAAAUUUUUAGAAAUAUAAUAUUAUAGUAUAUUAAGAGCUACUUCUAAUAGUUGUUGUUAUCUAAAUUUGUAAAGUAUGAUUCGUUUUAUUCUCAUCCAAAAUAGAGCUGGUAAAACUCGCCUUGCUAAAUGGUAUAUGAAUUUUGACGACGAUGAGAAACAAAAACUAAUCGAAGAGGUGCAUGCUGUAGUUACUGUACGAGAUGCCAAACAUACCAAUUUUGUAGAAUUCCGAAAUUUUAAAAUAGUAUACAGGCGUUACGCUGGGCUUUAUUUCUGCAUUUGUGUUGAUGUUGGCGAUAAUAAUCUCGCUUACUUAGAAGCCAUUCAUAAUUUUGUAGAAGUGUUAAACGAAUACUUCCACAACGUUUGUGAGUUGGAUUUAGUCUUCAACUUUUAUAAAGUAUACAGUGUGGUUGAUGAAAUGUUUUUGGCUGGAGAAAUUCGGGAAACAAGUCAAACCAAAGUUCUAAAGCAACUCUUGGUAUACAAUUCUCUGGAAUGAUCAGUUGUUAUAAAUUCAUUGUAUGAAUUUCCCGUUGAAACAAACUCUUGUUGGUGUGUAGUAAUGCAAAAUUCAUUAACUAUUUACAGUUUCGUACUAUUUCAGUGUCUGAGUAAAGAGUGUUUUAAGUACAUAGUUAUUUACAUUCCAUCUGUGUCACGAAACAUGAGUGUUAUAGACAUGGCCUUCUUCCCAACUGACAUAUUGUUUUCUCUUGUAUUGAAAAUUUGGUGUUUUUCUGAAAUGAAUGUGUUAAGAAAGUUUAUAAAAUUUUGAAUAUUGUUAUUUUAAACAUUUCAAUGCAUUUUGUUAUUUCUGUUCAAUAAACAUAAAUUGACAAGUGUA